GUUACAUACAUACAGAUACAACAUAGCUACGUCAACGCCUAGACCUUGACCUCGGCAACUGCGUUCUCGCUUCGUGCGUAGAUGCGGUUUUAGGCCAGGCCUUUUGAAAAUCAUGGACUACAUACAUUAUGAAGCUAUUCCACAAAAAGCCAAGCUGGGCUGAAAAAACCUGACAAACACGCCAUUCAGGCAGUGUCCGGACACAGCGCGCCUUCUGGAGGAGACAUCAUGGUGUCUUUAACAAGCCUGCUAGUGGCUUUUUUCUCCUGGCUGCUCACGGAACCCGACUGGGGCACUGUCAGCGGGUUUGCGCUCUUCAGUAGUGGGCUAACGUUGGUUACGGUAGCUGCCUACGUAAUCCUGAGCCUGCAAAAGCGCCGCGGUGGGACCCAGCACGUACAAAACCUUGCAGCGUCCAGCGACCUGGUCGCGGCUUGUGCGGCCUCCGGUUGUGCCGCCCCACUCUCAGCUGCAGUAGGGUCUGGGCAAGCGGCCCUAAUUGCGACUACUCUGGGUGUUGCAGCGAUAGUGCUGAGGCGGCAGCGGAAGCUGUCAACGUCAGGCAGCGGCGCUGCGCUGAUUCUGCACGACAGGGUACAGGCGUACAAGCGGUAUUACUCAGGCAGCCCAGGUGCCGGCAAGCCGCCUGUUGACCUCCUCAUGGCAGCCGAGCCCGAUGCGGCUGCCUGCCGAGCCCCUUGCUCCGACGGCGCCGCUUCAUUCUCCUUCCCUGUGCUGCCGCUGGCGCACCCACACACCCUCCAGCCGCCCGCCCGAGCCGCGCCGUCCGCCGGCGCCGCCGCGCGGGCUGCAUCCGGCGCCAAACGCACCUUCGCAUCCGCAGCCAGCAGCUGCUGCGGCAACAGCGGCAGCAUAUCUGUGACCGCGGAGACGCUUUGUGACGUGCCCUUCAGCAGGAAAAGCGGCGGGGAGGCCUCAGGGACACGCGAUUGCCGGCGCUCGGCUGCGGCCUGUUCCGACGACGCCGCUGCAGCCACUGCGGCCCUAGAGCUGGCAUCCCAGGCUGGCGCCGCUCGCGUGGCAAUACCCAUCUCUGCAGCCGCCAGCAGUACAGCAUCCAUGGCCGCUGCCAUACCUGCCGCUUCUGCCGGGGCAGGUGUCUCGCCGGCGCCGCACACCCUGCAGCGGCCGGCACUGGCUGCGGCGCUGGCGGCUGACGGCGAGGCGGUACUGGCGAGCCGCCGGCAGCAGCCACUUCCGAACAUCACCCUGGUCAGCUCCAGGGCGGGCGCCGCCCUGGACGCAAAGCUCGCACACCACCAGAUGCCCAGCAUGGCGCACUACAACCAGGCUCUGCAGCUGACGCGGCAACUUGGGGGAGUGAUGGCCUACCCCUCGCCCUACGCCCGCGGCCGCAGCGCCUACAAGGUGCCGCGCGGAGAGCCCUGCGACGCCCCCGCCGGCUGGCGCGACCAGAUCCAGGAGGCCCUGGUGCACACAGCUGCGGGGCCGGCGCUGCGGAGCCCUGGCAACGACGGCCCCGACGCGAGCGAGCGUGUCGCCGGCUUAGUCGGGGAGGGCAGUGAGCAGGCUUCGGCGACCCCGGGCUCCGGCAGGCUUAGGCUUGAUGCCGCCUACCUGCGGCGCGGGUGCAUUCUGGUGGUGCUUGAGUACAGCCUGCGGCGCGCCCGCAGCGGCCUGCUGCUGCCCAGCUGCCGCCUGCGGCAACCGCAGCAGCAGGGGCACCAGGAUGGCAGGGCUGGCGGAAUGGGCGCGCAGUCGCCGGGCGCCGGGCCCCAGCAGGAGAUGCGGGCAGCGGCUAAUGCAGGGGAGGUGGAGGAAGAGAGCGCGGCUCAGGUGGUGUUGUGGGCUGGCGGUGGUGGCAGCGGCGGCGAUGCGCUUGCGGCAUGGCAGGCGCCGGCGCUGUCCCAGCAGCAGCUGACGGCGGCGUUUGGGUUGGAGCUGGUCCCUGCUGACGCGCUGGUGGUGCACUCUGAAGCAGGCGGCGGCGCCCGCACCAGCGCUGGCGACGGAAUGCCUGCGACAGUGGGUGACGGCGUCCCCGUCAUCCUGGCACAGCACUAUACCGGACCCACUGGCAGCGAGGCCCAGUGGCGGCCGCGUCCUCAGCCGCAUCCGUCGACAGCAGCAGUGCCAGCAGAGGACGCGGGGCUUGCCGGUGAGGAGGCGCGUGGGAGCGGUUACAAUAUGUCGGAAGGCGAGCAGCCAGCGCCUGCUUUGGCGCUGCUAGGCGCCGGCCCAUGCAUCUUAGCGACACGGCCGGGGCAGCCGCCUGUGCAGCUGGUCGCGCUAGCACGUGGCGUCGUCGCCGCAGGCGCAGGCGCUGUGGGCGCGGGGGCAAAGCGGCCGCAGGUGCUUGCGCGGUACGGCGGGACGGCGCAGCCGCCUGCGCGCUGCGCCGUGAGCGCUGUGGGCCCUCCUGUCGCAGACGCGGCCGUCAGUGGCGCAGGCGCAGGCGCGGGUGACGACCUGGUGGAGGAUGCCAUGCUGCGGUCACACCCCGCAACCACGCCUGGAUACAGCCAUCGCUUGCGUGGCGCGAGCGCGCCAGCACACAGCACUCCGGGCGAUUUGCUGCAGCCGACGACAGCGACGGCGACAGCGGCGGCGUCGACGGUGCAUGUGGCGUAUGACGGAGGCGCCGCAGAGCAGGCCCCGGACGUGUGUAGCCUGCAGGUCACGCUGACGCCCUGCCCCAGCCCAGGACUGCUGCUGCUCGAGGUGGAGCUGGAUCCAGAGCGCGAUGCCGCUGCGGGUCCAGGGCGCGCGGCUGCGGCGCCGCUGCUUUCACCCGUGCUGCCGCUGGUGGUCAUCGACAACGUGGCGGUACAGAUGGAGAUUAAUGCCCUUGCUGCCGCAGCCGCGGCUGCUGCCAGCCCCUCUACGAUGGCUGGCGUGCAGCAUGACGGUAGCCCCGCCGCCGCUGCGGCAGUGGCGCCAGAGCCCGCAGCUGCCGCCUUCGCGGCUGCGUCGCUGCCAGGCUGGUUCUGCAGCUUUCUGUACGACUUUGGCAGCUUCCUGGACCUGCUUCGCACCUGCCGAACCGCUGGCCUGGCAUCACCUGAAGCCGCGGCGGCCGAGGGGGGCGGCGGCGGCGGUGGCGGCCGCGGUGGGCGUGCGUGUGUGGUCGACACGUCAGUAGCAAGCUGGCUGGUUGGCCAGGAGGGCGAGGCGGCCGGGCCAGAUGACGCCGGCACCGAGGCAAGGGACGGCGCCGACGCUUCGCCUUUCAGCCGCCUCAUCCGCUGCGCCGGCGAGCGCUUGGACGCAGCCGACGAGGGGUCCCAGGGCGGCGGCGACCUGCCCGUGGAGGAGGAGGAGCGGGAGGAUCCCCAGGGCGGCGGUGCCCUGCAGGUGGAGGAGGAGGCAGGGGCUGUGGCGGGGCUGAGCGGCGGGCCGCAAGCCGGCCGGCGGUCGUGGCUGGCGCCCGCCACGACGGAUGGCGGCUCUUCCUGGCUGUCAUCUGCUAUUGGGGACAGAGACGUGGGCGCGGAUGAGGGCCACGCGCAGUUGCCCAGCGGAGACCUGCUGCCGCCGCAGCAGCAGCUGCCGCCGCAGCAGCCGCAGCUGCGUCAGCCUCUAGAGGCAGGAAUGCAGGCAGGCGGUGGCCAAGCAGCGCGCGCCGGGCCUGGAGGCGACGUGCACGCCCCGCGCGGGCAGGCAGCGCGCGAGCCGCACCUCUGGCUUGACGGUUGCGCUGCUGCGAAGCCAGCACCCACAGCUGCGCCCACUGCCGCCGCUGUGGCCGAUGCCGGCGAGCUCUUGUAUGUGGCAGCCGGCAUUGCGGCCUAUGCCUGCCGCCAGGGCCUGGCGGCGACGCUCUCCUACGUGCUGGACGCUGUGCGUGGCCUCGGGCACGAGCUCCUGGCUGCGGCCGCAUUGCAAGAGCUCCAGCGCAAGCCCGCAGUCUCACCCGCGGGUGCGGGCUGCAGGACGGGGGGCCCUGAGUGCGUGCAGCUGGACGAAGCGCCGGAGGUCACCCGGUCAGUGGGUGCGGAGAUGCUGUCGCACUCGCCGCUGCUGCUCCUGGAUGCGGCGGUGGCGGCGCAGUGGGGUGGCCUGGGCCUUGGGCACCUGGCCAUGCAGAGCGGCAGCACCGACGUUCUCACAACCUUGCUCAUGCAUGCACGCGAGCCCGGCGGCGGCGGCGCCGCUGCCGCCGCCGCAGGCGCCGGCCGGGCGGCGCCGGCAGCCAACGCCGUCGCCGCCGUCGGGCCCGGCCGGGAUGGCGACUGGCUGCAGCUGGCAGCGCUGAGUGAGUGUACGGCGCUGUUCGUACGGCCAGGGCCGGGCGGCCUGACGCCGCUGCACUUGGCGGCGCUGCUGCAGGACCGGCCCGUGGGCCACGAGGCGGCGCAGCUGUUGCUGAGCCUGUGCCCGCUGGCGGCGCACGCGUGGUUUGAGGCGCGCGACGGCGGCGGACGCAGCGCUGCCGAGUACGCCCAGAGCGCAGGCGCGGCCGAGCUGAAUGAGCAGUGCCGCGAGCUUCUGGGAAUGGAGGCUUUGGAGGCCCAGGCCUUGGGUGAUGCGGGCGGCGCGGUACACGUCCUGACCGUCGCUGCGCUGGCCACGGCCCGGGCUCUGGCCGCACGCACCUCGGCGCUGAUGCUGCUGGAGGCGGAGCUGCCGCUGCUGCAAAGCCCGGCGCAGCUGCAGCUGCAUCGGGCUUCGGCGACCUCGUCCGCCGCGCUGUCCAGCGCGCGGCAGCAGGGCAGUGACGCCUCGUCUCAGGCUUCGCGCAGUAGCUUAGAGGAGGCACCCGCCGCGGCCGCCGGCUUUCAGCGGCAACAGCACAUGCAAGUGCAGGGACAGGCAGAGCGGGCAGAGCCUGCCAGGCCGCUGCCGGCAGCGGCCCCGCAGCUUGCUAAGGGCGCUGCGCCGCUGCCGCCGCCACUGCUGCCGCCACGCCAGUUGCCACUGGCGAUGCGGCUGAGCCAGCGGCUGCUGGCGGCCGCCGCCACGACGCCCUGGGCGGCGCCGUUCAGAGGCUUUGCCGACGUGCAGCUGGAAGCCGCGUUCCAGCAGUGGGCGGGCGUUUUGUCGCUGUCGCGCAACCAGCUGCACAUCGGCUUCCAAGUGCUCUUCAUCACCUCCAACACCUACAAGGCGCUGUGCGUUGAGGGCCUGCGCGGUCUGCCGCUGCUAAUCGCGCUGGGUCCCAGUGUCAACAUCCUGGGCCCGCUGGCGGUGGCGCUGUGGCGGCUGCGCGGCGGGUUGCGUCACGACCUGGCGCUGGCGGCGGCCACAGCGACCCGCAACGCCUUUGUGGCGGCGUCACACCUGCUGCCGCUGCCGCACCCUCAGACGUUCGAGGUGGCGGACGUGGUGAUGCAGGAGGCGCUGACGGGGCUGCACAACUGCGUCACCCUGCCCAUCAUGGAGCAGCUUAGCACGCCCGCCGUGGUGCUGCUCACGGUUGUCGGCAACCGGGUGAUGGAGGCGGUCUUGCUGCACGCCCACGGCGUGCGGGGCUGGGCGCUGCUGGCAACGCUGGCCGGCCGCACCGUCGCCAGCCUGGUCAUGUGGUACGCGCUGGCCGUCUGGUCGCGCGUCAGCUUCAUGGCGGGCAUCGCGCGCCGCCGCCGGGCGGCGGUCCCCAAUGACACGGCGCCGACUGCAGUGGCGGCGGGUGAUACUGGCGGUGGCGGCGCGGCGCGGCCCGUGACGUUGGCGGGCAUGCUUGCGGGUCCUAGCACCGCAGACGGAUACCAGUUUGCCCAGGGGAGUGUUGACCAGGUGGACAAGAAAGUCAACUAAGAUGAGGCUUUAUCAACAUCAACAACAAACUCGUAGCCGCUCGUAAACAUGCGAGGUGGUACCCCUCAGAAGUAUGAUAUGCGUGUGCAUACGGACAGGAGGCGCAGCGCUUACGUGUUAUUUCUUCAUUCGCUUUCCACUGUGGCGUCCUGUGGUCAACACGGCCAAGUCGAACAGCUAAACUAUCGGAUGCUUGUGUUAUAACGCGGCAGUAUAAGGGAUUCGUAUACCUGGCCAUGAUGAACUCAUGUCCAAAGUCACCUGUUUGGUAGCCGGAAUGAUAGAUGGUAAUAUCGUACACUGGUCUGGCACGCGGUGGUCUGGCACGAUGUGGUAUCUCAUGUCAGUGGUCACCACAGCUUUGGAAGUUUGGCUUAUGGACUCGCAAGCUGCUUUAGGGGCGCCCAUGUCCGUUUUGAUGUUAUGGCAGAAUGGGGUCAAGUGAUGGCGAAGUGAUGCGAUGCUGAAGCAGUUCCUGACCACGGCGCUUGCUGCUGCUAAUUGGUACGAUGGGGACAGCGGCCGCAAACGUGCGUGUAAGCACGUAAGGAAUUGCAAGGAUGCAUGGCAAGAGGUAGUGCAGGUAUGGAACGGGGAUUUGAUACUUCGUGUGCAGGUCAGCACCUUGCAGCUUGUGAUUGGAUGCCGGCCGGUAUGUGUUGGGACAGGGCGCCUCUGUUUUGGCAGACCGGACACGCACACUUCACUAGCGCACUGGCGUUGUACGGUACGGCCGGAAGACUUGCAGCUUAGUUGGGGUUUGCUGAGUUGCGUGAGCUUCGACACCUGAAGAUGUUGAUAGGCUGCACAAUGUGUGCCUGCUAGACAUAGCUAGAACAUGCAGGCACCAAGAGCCCACCCCCUACCAGAGCAGCCAUCUUCUUGUCUUAUAACAUGCUAACAGCACUGCGUGGCACUAAGGCUACGGCAGCCACGUGGCGGAACAGGUGCAGCAGGGUGCAGUUCUCGUAUCUAAGCAAUUGAUCCAG